AUGACUAUUGUUGGAACUACGGUUUCAGUUCAAAAACCCUUCAUCUACUUCCCUCGAUCUUCAGUUCCUCAAUUUUUUGGGUGUGCAUAUCUUGGACCAUUUGGGCAUUUCUACCACUUAUUGUUGGAUAAGUUGUUCAAGGGCAAAAAAGACACGACAACAGUUGCCAAAAAGGUGUUGCUUGAACAAGUGACAUCUUCUCCAUGGAACAACUUGAUUUUUAUGCUUUACUAUGGGCUUGUUAUCGAGGGAAGAUCAUGGAUCCAAGUGACAUCUAAAAUCAAGAAGGAAUACCCCACAGUACAAUACGCAGCUGCCAUGGCUUUGCCACCUUUAUCUAUUCGAGGUGAUUUGGGAGUUGUUUCUACUGCUGGAGUUAGAUAUGCAUAUCCACUCCUAAAAUCAUUUGCAAAAAUGGGACCUCAAGGUGUUCUUGGUGCCACAAAGCUUUUACGCCCUUUUUCAGAAAUAGUUGAUUCAUUGGGACUCAAAGAUCCUUUCAUUAGAAAUUGGGUGGAUCUUUUGUCUUUCUUACUUGCUGGAGUGAAAUCCGAUGGUGUUCUUUCAGCAGAAAUGAUUUAUAUGUUUGCAGAAUGGUAUAAACCAGGUUGUAGUUUAGAAUACCCUGUUGGUGGAACUGGAGCACUUGUUGAGGCUCUUGUUCUCAGAUUUUCCUUCUGAUAAACUUCCAAAAAUGUCAGAACCUUCACAACUUAUGACAGAAAAUACACGUUCUGAUCUUUAUGUUGCACUCCCUGUUCUCAGUCAAGGAAAGAAAUGGGUCUUACUAUACAGUACAUGGAGGCAUGGCAUAUCUCUUUCAACCUUAUAUAGAAGAAGCAAUCUUUGCCCUGGGUUAAGUCUACUGGUUGUUGGAGAUCGUAAAGGUGCAGUGUUUGGUGGUUUAGUUGAGGCACCUUUGAAACCAUCAACAAAGAAAAGAUACCAGGGAUCGAAUGAUACAUUUGUGUUUACAAAUACACCAGGGCGUCCUGUUAUAUAUCGCCCCACAG